AUGGAGCUCUCCAGUGUUCCUAGCAGUAAUGCACACGAAGAGACUCAGAAAACUGCUCUAUCAGCUACAGAGCAAACGAUACUACAGGUGAACAGCAGCACACAUUUUUCUUGUCCUCCACAAGGAAUAUUCAACAAAAUAAUCACAGAUGGAGUUACACUCAUUGUAUUAUGGAUUCUACUCUGGUCACUCACAGGCCAUGAAGUUCUCCCUGGUGGAAAUUUAUUGGGACUAGUAAUUAUUUUUUAUAGUGCCUUCCUUGGGGGAAAAUUUUUAGAAGUCAUUCGAAUCCCCAUCGUGCCUCCGCUCCCACCUCUUAUUGGGAUGUUACUGGCCGGUUUCAUCAUCAGGAAUGUUCCAUUUAUUAGCAAAUUUGUCCAUAUUCCUACCACGUGGUCCUCAACUUUAAGAAACACUGCCCUUACUAUUAUCCUAAUCCGAGCUGGACUUGGACUAGACCCAGAGGCUUUGAAGCAUUUGAAGGGAGUUUGUUUGAGACUGUCUUUCGGUCCCUGUAUCCUGGAGGCAUGUUCGGCUGCUGUUUUCUCCCACUUCAUUAUGCACUUUCCUUGGCAAUGGGGAUUCCUAUUAGGUUUUGUCCUAGGUGCUGUCUCUCCAGCUGUUGUUGUCCCUUCCAUGCUACUGCUUCAGGAAAAUGGGUACGGUAUCGUCAAAGGCAUUCCCACCUUACUGGUGGCCGCUAGCAGUCUGGACGACAUCGUGGCCAUCACUGGAUUCAACACAUUCUUGAGCCUAGUCUUUUCUUCACGUGGUAUACUUCAUAAUAUCCUAUCAUCUUUGCAAGAUGUAAUUAUUGGUUUGCUGGUAGGAACUAUCAUGGGAUUUUUUAUUCAAUAUUUUCCAAGUAAUGAUCAGGAAAGACUUACACUUAGGCGAGCAUUCCUUGUUUUGAGUGUGUGUAUUUCUGCUGUCUUGGGCAGCCAGAAAAUUGGCUUACACGGAUCUGGAGGAUUAGUUACACUAGUGCUAUCAUUCAUGGCAGCCAAAAAAUGGCCUAAAGAGAAGAUUGGAAUCCAAAAAAUUAUUGCAAACACAUGGAUUGUUUUUCAACCUCUUCUUUUUGGCUUAGUUGGAACAGAACUAUCUGUUGAAUCUCUUGAAUCAAAUACUAUUGGCGUUUGUGUUGCUACCCUGGGUUUGGCAUUAUGUGUUCGAAUUUUAGCCACAUUUACAAUGAUGUCUUUUGCUGAAUUUAGCUUUAAGGAGAAAAUAUUUAUUGCUUUAGCGUGGAUCCCCAAAGCUACAGUCCAGGCUGUAUUGGGUCCUCUGGCUCUAGAAACAGCAAGAGUCACAGCAACCCACCUGGAAGCGUAUUCAAAGGACGUGAUGACAGUAGCCUUUUUAGCCAUCUUGAUCACAGCUCCAAAUGGCGCUCUCCUUAUUGGCAUACUGGGGCCCAAAAUACUGGAAUGCAGUGAAGUGACGAGUCAUAUGAAACUGGAGUUGUCACACUUUGGACAUCAUUAA